AUGUCAUAUGUCUUGAUGGGACUUCUUGGAGCUACACCAGUUCAGGCUUUUGCUGCUGGAGCUGCAUUGUGUUCGACUUCUCUGGGUACGACUUUUACCAUCCUCAGUACCAGUGGUCUUGAGAAGAGCAGGUUGGGCGUCAUCCUGUCCAGUGCUGCAAUGCUGGAUGAUGUGGCAGGGCUUGUCAUGGUUCAAGUCAUAUCCAACCUUGGACAAUCUGCCGACUCGUUCUCAGCUGUGACUGUCAUCAGGCCUGUGUUCGUCUCAAUCGCAUUUGCUGUCAUUGUGCCUGCUUUCUGCUGGGCGGUUGUGAGACCCAUCACAAAGCAUGUAUUCUCAAGAACAGCAAAGACUGAAAAUAAAGAGAAAGAGCAGUCGAGACUUCGAAGUUUGGCUUGCGCUCCGGUUGCUGCUUUCAGUGCUCACACUCUGGUCCUCUUGGGUCUUGUCACUGGGUCGACGUAUGCUGGCACAUCCAAUUUGUUUGCGGCUUACAUUGCUGGGGCUGUCAUCAAUUGGUGGGAUGCUCUUGUAAGUUCGAUGCUGCAAGAAGAACGUCCUAGCCCUACGACAGCGAAGAAGGCAUGCAAAGCAAACAAGGCUACUACUUCGAGUGGAGAUCAAGCCAUAUCCUCGGGGCCCUUAUCGUCUGAUGUUGCGGCUCCCGAGACCCGCGCGCCAGAUCAGCCUGUCUCUUCGAUACAUGCCAAGCUGAAUGGUGCGGCUAUCUAUGAGCGCAUGUAUGCACCAGCCAUGAACUCGGUCCUGAAGCCGUUCUUCUUCGUAAGUAUCAUGUUCAUCUGCGCUGUCAGUCAGAGCACUAAUAAAUGUAACAGNGCAUCCGUUGGCUUCUCAAUUCCCAUCACUCAAAUGUUCUGCGGUGCCAUUGUUUGGCGUGGACUCGUCUAUACCAUCCUCAUGAUUCUGGGCAAGUUGGCCUGCGGUCUUGUCCUCGUCCGUUUCACAAGCACACCGACCAAAGUCCAAUUGCCUGAAGGUCGGCGAACGACAGAGCCAGAUGCCUCCAAUGAAUCCGCAGGCAGCCAGAGCAGCACACAGGCGCAAACCCCUUCCGCCAACUCCAAGCGCAAGAGGCAAACUCCCCGCAAGCUGCCCAAACCGCAAUCCCUAUACCCCUCUUUGAUGCUAGGGAGUGCCAUGGUGGCCAGAGGCGAAAUUGGAUUCCUGAUCUCCUCACUAGCAGAAAGCAACGGUGUAUUCGGGACUGUCGAAGGCGGCGGCAGUUCCGACAUUUUCCUUGUAGCUACCUGGGCAAUUCUACUCUGCACAAUCAUCGGGCCUGUGAGUAUCGGUUUAAUGGUAAACCGAGUCAGGAGACUUCAGAAGGCUAGAGCGGCAAACACAGCGAAACCAGAUCCGCUGGGCGGAUGGGGAGUUGAGUGUUAA